ACUGAUUUUUACGCUCUGUGGCAGGGUUUGCUGGAACACGAAGCACCGUUCCGUGUGGUUCUGUGCCGUUCUGUGACCGUUCCGAUGAGCACGGAGAUCACUGACAGAGACAGAGAGUAUUCACUGAUCACUGCCAUGACUGCCAUCCUCAGUGAGGAUUCCUCAGCCAUCCUCUUGGUAUAUUCCAUGGUAUAUACUUUAUAUAUUUUCGUAGGAGUAAUUUUAAUGUAUUCGGCAUGGUGUUAGGUUAUUAAGACUACUAAUUUACAAACAGGAAUGAUUUACAGAAGUUGAGACUUACAGAUAUUGGUGAUUUUGAAACUAUUUUACUACAAACGGAAACAAUUGGAGGGCGCCUGUGUGUAAACUGAAUUUUUUAAAAUAUGCUUCUCUGGGAAACUUGAGGGUGGACGAAGCAUGUGAGCGUACGCGAUACUCUUUGGUGAAAUCACAAAACAGUGAAUAACUUAGUCAUGGGUGAAUACUUUGAUGAAUUGUCUACUUCAAAUUCUGAAAAAAUUCUAUCUAAAGCAGGUCUUUCACUAAUAGGCAUUACAGGUGGGUUAGCUAUGGCCCUAGUUAUUGGUUGCGGACCAUUCAUUUCUCCAGCCCUUCGGCGUGUAUGUCUGCCUUACAUUCCUGCAACAGACACUCAAGUACAGAAUAUCUUGAAAGUCUUGUCUCAACGCAAAGGCAGAUUAUUAGAUAUUGGAAGUGGUGAUGGGAGAGUGGUUAUUGCUGCUGCCAAAAAAGGCUUUAUUGCGGAUGGUGUUGAACUUAAUCCAUGGCUUGUAGCAUUUUCCAAGUGGCAAGCUUUGCGACAUGGAGUGCAACCUAAAACAAAUUUUUUCUAUUGUGAUUUAUGGAAAUUUAAUGUUUCACCUUAUAACAAUGUAAUCAUAUUUGGUGUAGAAGAAAUGAUGAGUGAAUUAGAAGAAAAAUUGUUUCAAGAAUUGGAUAAUGGUGCUGCUGUUAUUGCUUGCAGGUUUCCUCUUCCUUCAAAAACUCCUGUAUUUACUUGUGGAAUGGGAAUUGAUACUAUAUGGUUAUAUGAGAUUAAGAAGGACAGUUAUUGAUUGGUCACUGAGAUAAUUAUGAGUGGAUAUGUUUUAUCUUGAUUUUGUUGCUGAAUGAAGUAGAGUCUGUACUUAAGGUGGUAUGUUCGUGCCAGUUGCCAGUCAAACACUCGAUCGUUUAUUACAGAUUAACAACAGCUGCUUCUAAAGGUGAAAGGAGCAUUUAAAUAGUUACUUAUAGAAAGUUGAAAGAGAAAUAUUGAAUAUUUGCAUUAGAGAAACAAUGCUAUCUAAUCAAUUUAGUCUCUGGCAUGACAUUUUAUUUUCACAAGUUGCCAAUACUUAAUGUAGGUUAGAUUGACUUCAGCACCCAUUCUUUUCUUUCUUUCUGUGUUGAAUAUUAGUCCACCUUGUUUACAUUGAAAGUGGAUUAUCAUCAAACAGUUUGUAUUUGUGUGAGUUAAAAGAAAUUAAGUUAGCAUGGUUUUAUCUUGUAUCCAAAGAGGAACAUUGGUGACAAUAGAAUGCUUUGUACAGCAUAACUCCAAGGUCAAGUGUGAUGGAGAGCCAGUACUUCCAGUUGCAAUGAAUUUUGCAGCAGUUUUUUUUAUCAAUUAUUUGUUAGAAUGCCCGGUGAGGUACGUUACAUUUAAUACCGGCUGAUAAAGUACUUUCACUGAAAAAUCCUUCUAUAACUUAAAAAUCCCAUGCCGUGAAAAUUUUUCCAUAAGAGCCCAUAUUAAUAUGAACUUCUUUUAUUAAAAAAAUGGGCCAGUGUUUUUCUUUCAGUCUUGAAGAACACAGAUUUUGCUUUCAUUUAAAGUACUUUUUGGAGGUUCUUCACUGUGGUUGAUCUAAUGAAUAUACUGCCCUAAGAAGUAAUUUCUACCUGGUAAAUCAAGAAGCAAGGAGUCGUCCAAAUUUACAUGUAGAAUUUUGUGAAAAUCUUUUUUGGUAAUGCAAGUUUGGAUAUUUUGGGAUAAUUUUAACUCCAUCAGAACCAGUUAACAACCUGCAGGACCUGUACCAUUUUUUUCAUGUGGUGCCCCUUUUAUUAUUUUGUGUAUUUUUUCAACAGUUAUGCAUAGUUAUCAAGACGAUACUGUACACUUUAAAAAGAGAUCUAAAGUUAAAUAUAUAAUGUAGCUCCCGGAUUGGAGUAUAUAAAUACUCGAAUCUAAUUACAAUUACUCUAGGCCAAGUUCAGAGUCAAAAUUGGGACAUUUGGACGUUUUCUAUUAUGUAAAUAUCUUUUUCAAGAAGAAGAAAAAAAAAGAAUUCAGUGUCUAGUACACAUUAAAGUCCAAAAAAUGCAUGCUUACAGUUUAAACGAAAUAUUUUUCAUUUUAUUUACUAAUUCACACAAAGUUUGAGAGCAAUAUUUUUUUCAAAAGGAUCCAUUAUUUAAAGGAUUAUAAUAAUAGAAGAUAUGUAACAUAUAUAAACUAAAUCAGGUCAAAUUCUUCUGGAUGAUUCAGAAUGUUUAAAUAUUGCAAAAUAAAAUUGAAAUAAAUAAAAUAUUUCCCAAAAUAUUAAAUUAUAAACAUUUAAUAAAAUGACAAUGUUAUUAAUUUUCAAUCUUGAUUGAGCUCUAUUUAUCCAAUCAAACAUUUACACAAUUUUGCAGUAGAAAACUCGUUGAUUAUUCUUGUUGUAUCAAUUUUUUUGAGUAGUUCCUGUUCAGUAUUCAUCAAAGAAAGAUUCGUCACUCGUAUUUGGCUCAUACUGGCUCUUAUUUCACUCUUUGAUUUUGUCAUUUAAUAAAUGGUUAUAUUAGUGAGAGUUAUAAAUUCUGAAUCGUAAUUGAAAUAGAACACAUAUUGCUUCAAAACUCAAAGAAACAUUUACACAAUAAAUAUGAACAUAAGAGAAUUAGCUAAUUCUUUUCGGAUUGUAAUUUAUGCAGUAACAACGUAUCCCAGCAAACAGACAUAUAAAUCUCAACCCAGUGGUUUUGCCGUUACCCAGCAUUGAAAAUUAAACUUUAAGAUCAUAGUACAUAUAUGUACUUUGGUUUCUGUCUUUUUUACAGUAGGAAAAACUUUUUUUUUCACUAGUGACACACUUUUAAGUGCGUCACUUUUAAGUAAGGGACCGUAGCUCAUGCUGCAUGUGCUACUAGGAUAAACUGAGACUGCACCCUGAAACACAUAAUGCAAGUUUGAAUCCUCUUCAAAAUAAUAAUGUAUCACUUGUAUUACACACACACACACACACGUACUAGGAUAUUUAUAGUAAAUAUAGUAUGCAACUCAUUGUUACUGCUACACUUCAUACUAUCCUCUUUUACCAUGAGAAACAAUGCAGUUCAUCCCAAAAUUAUUUGGAUAUCUAUUAAUUUCAAGCAUGUUAGUCCAAACUUUUAGACUGGCUUAUGACAGAAGUUUUUGAAACUGGUGGCGCUACAGAAUGACUUUCUUGUACUAGUUAGUUUUGUAAUUUCUGUGUUCUGGUCUAGCUUUUCGGUCUUGCCCCAUUCCCUUG